AUGUCGUCUUUACGGUUCGCCAAGCGCUUCUCGUCAUCAUCGCGCCUGAUCAACUUUCUCCAGUUCUCGGCCGCAACAUCGCUGGCCGGUCUCGGCGCCUGGAAGCUGUGGUCGCGAAAAUGCUUCUUCGAGCCGUUCUCACCCGAAACCGAUGCUCUCUUUCACAGCGAGUACUAUCGGAAAUUUAACCCGGGCAAGCAUCCUUCUCUAGACGAUUCGUGUGUGAGGAAGGUGGCGCUUUCCAAGAUACAGCCCGAGCUUGUGGAAGAUGCGCUGAGCGGAGGUUCAAAGCUUUUGGAAAAGUUCUGCGGUGGCCUUUGGGGCGGUUAUGGGUACGCAAUCCAACGGAAAAUCUUGAACCGACUUUGGAAGAACGAGUCAAAUUCAAGCAUGCUCUGGGAGAAAGGCGAACUGCUCAACAAUAGCUACGAAAAAGGAACCGUGGUAACCAACCAUUUCGUGGUCCUCGAAAAAUCCCCCAGGUCCAUCAUCAUGCGCGGCGGACCGUCCCCGACGAUGGAACCAGGAAAUCCGCAGGAAAAGGAAAACCUUGCUGAAAUCACCGUCGACAUCGAUGCCAACACCGGGCAGGCAGAGUUCCGACUGAAGAACAUUUUCUUCAACGCCGUCGAGUAUUCCACGAAACCCAUGUUCCCGGGCCCCGUCGUAUGGCUUCAUUUUCAAUACUGCAAAUUGCUUGUUGAGGCCGGCGUGAGCCAUUGCAUCUCCUAG